AUGGCAGAAACAGAGAACGUCGCUCCUCAGAACAACGCCGAUAACGUCGAUGAGAAGAUUGUGAGGCAACUUGAGUACUACUUUGGAAACAUAAAUCUUCCGAGGGAUAAAUUUUUGCAAGAUACUAUAAGGAACAAUGAAGGAUGGGUUCCAAUAAAAACAUUGCUCACUUUUAAUCGUCUUGCUGCUAUAACCACUGAUGUGGACGUAGUAUCAAAUGCAGUCAAGGGAUCUCAUUCCGAAAUUAUUUGCUUAUCAGAGGACGGCCUGAAGAUUUGUCGUAAUACAAAUAAUCCGUUGCCGGAAAACUCUCUGGAGUAUUGGCAGAAAAUCAAGCACUGCACUGUAUACAUGAAAGGUUUCGAACAGAGUACUUCGCUCGAUGAGAUCAUGGAUUAUGCUAAGAAGUAUGGAAAUGUUGAGAAUAUAUUAAUGCGACGCACGAAGCCGCACCGUGUUUUUAAGGGAUCUGUUUUUGUUACUUAUAAAACACGCGUUGAAGCUGAAGCAGCACAGAAAGACGACGCCAAGUUUGGUGAGAUCCAGCUUACAAAGAUGAUGCAGGACGAUUACUGGACCAUGAAAAGCCAAGAGACCAAGGAGAAAAGACAGGCGGAGAAAAUGGUGAAAACUACAAAAAAGUUUGCUGAGCACACGGAGAAAUUACAUGCUAAGGCUCAAGCACGUUUCGUGAAAGGUUUGAUAUUAUCUGUCGGUGGUUUGCCAGAAGACUCUACUCUGUCGGCGGUUAGAGAGUUUUUCAAGCAGUUUGGAGAUGUUGGAUAUGUGGUCUACGAAAAUGGGGAAAGCAAAGCAGAGAUUCGUUUUGCUGGGGAAGAAAAUGGCGCUCAAGAAGCGUGGAAUAAAGCAGUUUCAGAAGGUGCAGACGGAAAAGUCAUUUUCCAAGGAAAGGAGCUGGUUGGGAAGGUUCUCGAUGGAGAAGAGGAAGAGAAAUACUGGAGCGCCUUCAAUGCCAGCAUACAGAAUAAAAUGGAUAGGGCACACAGUCGUCGAGGAGGUCGGGGUGGACGUGGACGAGGUGCUCAUGGUGCAUCAAGAGGGCAAAAGCGUGCUGCUGAAGGAGGUGAUGAACCAAAAAGCAAGAAAAUCGUUUUUGAAGACAACGAUGGAAAGGUGGAAGAAUCUGCUUGUGAGAGCAAAGAUGCCUAG